CGGCCUGUCCCGGCACCCGCAGGUUACUGCAUCGCCGAGGUGAUGGCGGGGCGGGGGAGGUGCACGGGGCUAGUUCCCACGCCGAAACCCCUCCCCUCACGACCGACCCCAUCGCCUGCCUUGGCCUCCCCCCACCCCGGCCUGGCAGUGGAUUUGAGGCUGACUCCUCAGUAGAGAUUGGGAAAGGCAGCAGACGAGAAGCCAAACGUUCAAGCUGAUAAUUCAACAGAACUUUUCUCUGAAUUGAGGGCUCAGAGUGGAGCCAUCAUGAGCGAUGUUACCAUUGUGAAAGAAGGCUGGGUUCAGAAGAGGGGAGAAUAUAUCAAAAAUUGGCGGCCAAGAUACUUCUUGUUGAAGACAGAUGGUUCUUUCAUAGGGUAUAAGGAGAAGCCCCAAGAUGUGGAUCUACCAUAUCCCCUCAACAACUUUUCUGUAGCAAAAUGCCAGCUAAUGAAAACAGAGCGACCGAAGCCAAAUACAUUUAUUAUUAGAUGUCUUCAGUGGACAACUGUCAUAGAGAGGACAUUUCAUGUAGAUACUCCGGAGGAACGGGAAGAAUGGACAGAAGCCAUCCAAGCUGUAGCAGACAGGCUUCAGAGGCAAGAAGAGGAGAGAAUGAACUGUAGUCCAACAUCACAGAUAGACAAUAUAGGAGAGGAGGAGAUGGAUGCUUCCACAACUCAUCAUAAAAGAAAGACAAUGAAUGAUUUUGACUAUUUAAAACUACUGGGGAAAGGCACUUUUGGCAAAGUUAUUUUGGUCCGAGAGAAGGCAAGUGGAAAAUAUUAUGCGAUGAAGAUUUUGAAAAAAGAAGUUAUUAUUGCAAAGGAUGAAGUGGCUCACACUCUUACAGAAAGCAGAGUAUUAAAAAACACUAGACACCCUUUUUUAACGUCUUUGAAAUAUUCCUUCCAGACAAAGGAUCGUUUGUGUUUUGUGAUGGAGUAUGUUAAUGGGGGAGAGCUGUUUUUCCAUUUGUCGAGAGAGCGGGUGUUCUCUGAGGACCGCACACGCUUCUAUGGUGCAGAAAUUGUCUCUGCUUUGGACUAUCUGCAUUCUGGGAAGAUUGUGUACCGUGAUCUCAAGUUAGAAAAUCUAAUGUUGGAUAAAGAUGGCCACAUAAAAAUUACAGAUUUUGGACUUUGCAAAGAAGGAAUCACAGAUGCAGCUACUAUGAAAACAUUCUGUGGUACACCAGAAUACCUAGCUCCUGAGGUAUUAGAAGACAAUGACUAUGGUCGUGCAGUGGACUGGUGGGGCCUGGGAGUUGUCAUGUAUGAAAUGAUGUGUGGGAGAUUACCAUUCUACAACCAGGAUCACGAGAAACUGUUUGAACUAAUACUAAUGGAGGACAUAAAAUUCCCUCGAACUCUCUCGUCAGAUGCAAAGUCAUUACUUUCAGGUCUCCUGAUAAAAGAUCCAAAUAAACGCCUUGGUGGAGGCCCAGAUGAUGCAAAAGAAAUUAUGCGGCAUAGUUUCUUCGUUGGAGUAAACUGGCAAGAUGUAUAUGAUAAAAAGCUUGUACCUCCUUUUAAACCUCAAGUGACAUCUGAGACAGACACCAGAUAUUUUGAUGAAGAAUUUACAGCUCAGACAAUUACAAUAACUCCACCUGAAAAAUAUGAUGAGGAUGGUAUGGACUGCAUGGACAAUGAGAGGCGACCACAUUUCCCCCAGUUUUCCUACUCUGCAAGUGGACGAGAAUAACUUUUUUUUUUGUUCUGCUUCACUGUCAUCUUAGUUUUAUAACUGAAAACGAUUCCUGAACAUCACCACCAGUACUAGCCAUGAAGAUUGCAGGGGCACUUUCAGAGGUCAUUCAAAAUUGAAAAGUUCCCUCCCUCUCCAAUAGGCCUUUUUGUUUUUUGCAUGAAAUUUUGUAUCAGUCUGAGGUCUCCUCCUGUUGCUGCUCCCACUGUCUCAGUAUAAUAGCAACGUCAAGAAGUAAUUUUGAAAUCUUUUGAAGUGAGAUGACUUAAAUCCUCCAUUGUAUACAGUGGAGGCUAAAAGAAACAUGUUGGUUCCCAAUGCAUUUUCUCAUUUCUGCUAGAAGACAAAUCAGAAUUGUAAUUAGUCUAAAAAGACGAGUUUAUAAUGUUUUCUUGCAUCUGUUUGUGCUGGUCAGAACAAAGUAAGAUAGAGGGUGGUGAUGUAAAUAUGCAAGGUUUUUGUUAGGCAUAUCAUUACUUGAAGCAGGUCUAUGUCAUUAACAUCUGGCUGGAAUGUGUUUGGGAAACAUUUGAGAGAAGAACUUGUAACUGUUCAUAUAUAUAAAUAUAUAUAUAUUAUUUUUUAAUUACUGUUGGAUGCUACAGAAGAAGCAGAAGGGCUGGGCUCACCCAGCCUGCCACUUAGACUUCCAGAUUCAUGUGCAAUCAUGGAGAAUUGAACAUUCUACAUGCAAGAAACGAAGGCAUAAAAGCAGCAUUUGAAGUUGUUUAAAGGUCUUAUCAUUUGCACCAGAUAACAUCUUUCUCAUGCUUUUCUCUGUCUUUCUUGAUAUACAUCACCUCGGAUGGCUGAAGAAUGUAGACAGGCAUAAUGGUAUUGCUUUGCACCAAAAUUUGUGCACCAAGGUAAACACGCGUUUGCCAUAUUUGUUUUUAUUUUGAGUUUGUGAAUUAGCUUUUCUCCAGGUGUUUAACUCUGAAUAUAUAUAUUUUUUGUUAUACCGCGGUAGUAUUUAUUUUUAGUGAUAAGGACUGUAUGUGUCAUGUUUGCAAAUGCUGCUACAUCUUAGAACAGGCUUACAGCAGUUUAUUUUGUAAUAUAGGGAAGGACUGUACAAGCUGAAGAGAAUAACGCACUUUUUCUCCCAUGUGGAAAUUUUAACAAGGCUCUGAAAUUGUACAUAUUACUUAGAAUUGGGCUUUUGUGGAUGAAAUACUGUCAUAAUUCUUUGGUGCUGUAGAUGAGGACAUUCCAACUCCAUGUGCCAAGAGGUCAAAAAUGCUAUGUCUGUGCUCCACUAAAGUAAUAUAAAAGCCUGGCAGCACAGCAGAAAUUUUUGAUUUUAUAUGGAGAAAAUACAAACAAUUGAGACCACAAUGAUUUCAAGAAAAGCACUUUAUUAUAAUUCUGCAAACAGUAGAUUGAUGGGAACAUUUGCCCUGAACCAAGUAGGUAAUGAAACCCAGCAUGUGAAGUAUGACUAUGAUAACUGACUGACUGAAUUUAAACCAUCAUGGUAAACACCACACUGAAAGGAAAAUGUUGUCUUUUCAUUUCUGAAGAUCUGUAUUUAGCAGGAUGUGUGCACAAACCUUAGCUUUGGUCUUCAUUAAAGAUCAUUUUAAUAAUAAACCUUUUGGUGCUAGGAGUUGGAAUAUUCCAAAGUUGCCAGGAAGUGCAGUAAGGGUGAGUAUGUGCCCUUGCUAAUGACAUCAGAAAACCCUGGGAUUAUUAUUGAAGUACCUUGUUAGCUCCCAUGUAGAAUGUGAUAUCACAGAGUAUUAUUGAUAGCAUUGUAUCACUUGGUAAAUGACUUUUGAAAGAAGAAAUGUUCAUAUGCAGAUGCCUUAUCCUCUUGCUGUUUAAAGUUUAGAUAUCUUAGCAUGAAGAUCACUGCUGGCAGUGGAUGUGCUGAGGUGGUCAAGGGGUAGAUGGGCAUUUUAGCAAGGCAGCUAAGACAGACUCAUUCAGAUAAUUUUUCAUGUUUCUACCUAAGCAAAGUUUUAUCUUUAAUAAUCAACAGAUAAGAGGUGUAUCUUUUUGUGUAUGCACUAACCCAGGGGUAGGCAACCUAUGGCACAAGUGCCAAAGGCGGCACACGAGCUGAUUUUCAGUGGCACUCACACUGCCUGGGUCCUGGCCACUGGUCUGGGGAGCUCUGCAUUUCAAUUUAAUUUUAAAUGAAGCUUCUUAAACAUUUUAAAAACCUUAUUUACUUUACAUACAACAAUAGUUUAGUUAUAUAUUAUAGACAGAACCCUUCUAAUGUAUUACCGGCAUGCAAAACCUUAAAUCAGAGUGAAUAAAUGAAGACUUGGCAUAGCACUGCUGAAAGGUUGCCGACCCCUGCACUAACCACAUAUGAUCUCAUCCUAUCACCUUGUAACACUACUCCUCUUUAGAGAAUGGCACUUCAGAGGGAAAGGUGCACAAUAAAUACAUCACAUUCUGCACCUUUUUCUAAAAAUUUUGACACUGAAAUAGUGAUGGUUUAAAUGAACUAAUUAGAGCAUUGAAUAGUUCUCUAGAAAUGCCUCAUAGAUGCAGACAAACUGUGUUGAUUAAAUAUCUCCAAUAUAUGCCUCCAUUCUAAUAUUCAGUUUCUGUUAGCAAUAAAUACCUUGUGCAUUUCUUGAAGUUAAAGAGAAGCCAGGGUUGUGCUUCGGGCUGUUUCCUCAUGUGUAGGGCAGGCCCUGUGGCUAGAUCAUUAUUGCUUAUGUAGUUGGAAUUUAGUUUGCAGUAAAUAUCAAUUAGUGAAUUAUUUGACAAUUUUAAGACUUCACUCUGAAUUGCAUAACCUGUCUCAACAAUUACCGUUAUCAAGUUUAUUACUGACACAGUUAAUACUAACUGAAUGCUGCCUGGAGUUUGGGAAUUCCUGACUUCUGCUACCAGUGUUAGAAACAGACAAAAGAGAAAUCUUAAAGCUGUGCUGAGAGAGAUAGCUGAAGCAUCUCUCUCUUCUGCUUGUCCUCAGCUGUAGUUUGGAUUUGGACAGCAGUCGGUAGCUGGUACCUUAAGCCUUCCAGUCAUAGUACAUUUCAGACUUUGACUCCAGCUUGUACUGUCUUCCUUGACAUACAGUAUGCCCUCUUAUACUGCAGCCAUCUUUGAGGAAAUGUCAUUUCUGUUUGGAUUUUGGCAGUUUUGCACACAGCUUUGCUUUCCACACUAAUCCAAUACAUUCCUGUUGCUAAAGGAACAUAUAUUCCAGUAUUGUUUUACAUUUUUCUUUUGACAUGUCAUGUCAUCUUUAUUUGUGGCUUCUUAAAGCUGACUGUUCUUGCAGGGGCCAUGUGCUUCUCCUAGAGUACAAAAGUAAGGUCCUUCCUUACUAACUGCAGGGUCUAUAUGUUACACCUCAAUGUACACACUUUGCUGCUACUGUUUGUACUGUCUACAGUAGAAUUUCCUUAUCUUGCUCCUGGUAGUGCAUUACAGGCAAGCAUGAAAUGUAAAGUAUUUAUUUAAAUAAAAAAACCUCUAAAUUGGUAAAUGAAUUACCUCCCUGUAGCUUUAGAGUUUGACAUUUCUUGAUCUUGCUAGUGCUUUCGUUAGAUACAUGCAAGAUCUAGUCAUGUGGUUAAGGAUAUUAAGCAGACAACUAUGAACCCAAGAAACCAUAUUACUGUUGGUCAUACUUAAAACUGUUUAUUUCCUUAAGUAUAUGACCCACAAGGAUGUGAAAUAACUACAAGAAACUGUUUUUGUACGCUGUACAUCCUUAGUUUUUACAUGUAUAUGAUAGGGAUGCACAUUAUUUUCCUUCGUACAGACAGCUUAAAUAAAGCACUAUGUCAAUCUGCUACUUCUGUGUUUAUUAAUGCUGCUUUUGUUCUGAAGUUUUGUAAAUACAUAUGUUGAAGUUAGCUGCAAAUGAAGUAUUUUUUAUAUUGGAUAUUAUAUGUAGGAUAAAAUUCUUAGCUUAUGCCAUAUAAGGUGGUGAAAAUCUGCUUUAGUUUUUCAUUGUAUUGCAAAUCAGAUGAUAUCUCAAGUGUGAGCGUUAGUUUAAACAUUAUUGAUCAUGACAUCUAGUACUUUUUUUAAUUUCAGGAAGAUCAUCCAGUUCUGAAAUCUGAAAGGCCCCCACCUAGUUUAUUUUUAUAAAAUAUGUACAUCAUGAUUUCCCUUUUUUAUCAUGCAUGGAAUAAUCGGAUGGCCCGUUACCUUGCUGUACAGUCUCAUUGAUAAAUGUACAACCUUUAAUUUGACAUCUUUCAAAUCCAAUUUCUAUCACUUAAAGUCAACAUCUACUCCUGCAAAAAGCACCAAGCUUCUUAUGACUCAGCUAAAUGUAGCAAUGGUUUUACUAGUUGUAUUUAAAUAAGAAAAUGUAUGUUGUUCUAAAGGCUUUGAAUUAGCUUGGAUUACUUUGGUCACCUAAUGGUUACACAGGCCUCUCUCUUUACGGAAGCAUAGAUCACUACAGAGUGUACUUUAAAGAAGCUUCAGGAUGUGAUCAGAGUCAUACAGGAUGCUACUACCACAUGAGUUGAGGCGAAUUUCACCUACCUUACUUCUGCAGUUCACGUGAAUAUAGACGGUUGUUCCAGCUUUAUGCAGGCAAUGUGAAUUUCAUCUUUAGAGAGAUGCUCCAUGCAAGUGUUUGUUCUGUGACCAUUAAAUCCAGUUGGUGCCAGUGUCCAGGUCUCAGGUGUCUCCACAAGACCCUUUGAUGAUGAUUACCUUGGAAGUAGGUGACGGUAAUGCACAGUCCUUGGACUGGGAGCCCUGAACAGCACUGAUUGCAGAUCCCGCCCCACAGAGCACUGGGAUCAGUUAAACACAACACCUGGAGAGAAGAUGCCAAAGCUUUCUAUGAUCCUAACACAUCAAAAGCCUGUAUCACAGGGGUAGCCGUGUUAAUCUGGAUCUGUAAAAGCAGCAAAGAGUACUGUGGCACCUUAUAGACUAACAGACGUUUUGGAGCAUGAGCUUUCGUGGGUGACGCAUGCAUCUGACACAUGCACAGGACUCUUUGCUGCUCAUCAAAAGCCUGGAGGCUUCUGAAAAUAGCCAGGUGCAUACAGAAUUCGCAUGCCCACUCUCAGAGUGGCAAGACCCCAAUGUUCUAUGGGAUUCAAACUGGUGAAGGGAUCCAAAUGUAGCAGGACCUCUGAGCUGUGGAAUAACAAGCUUCAACAGCACCAAAUGCAAGGACAAAAUAGAUGCUACAACAGGGGACAAAGAUGUGCUAACACUCAAGGUGCUGCCUAACUCCCAUCUUGACUUUGCUGAAAGUGCCCAGUCACAGAAGGCACCGAAAGGCAAAAACUUCCCCAUCUCAGAGAGAUGCAGCUAAGACAUAAGGGCAGCAAAGGAGCUCCUAGGCUCUCAGCCCCCUGAUGAGCCACAGAGGAUUUAGGGGAAGGUCUCCGCCCAGCACAAAGGUCCCAAAUGCAAAUUAAAUGAAAAUUCCUUCUUCAUUCACAAUUAAAAUGAUAAAUGGGGAUAAUUCUGUGAAAUCACAUUGGACAACAACCCGUGUGUUUAAUCCAUGCUCUUUCACAGCAUAUGGUAGGAAUCAGGGCAAGUUUAUUUCUGCAACUGAAAAAGAAAAUAUAAACUAGAAAGAGGCCUGAACUACCCAGAAUUUUACAAAACUCGAAUGUAUUUGGAUCCAGGGCUUUUUUUAUUCAGAGCUGUCAUUCAUAUAAACUAGUCAAUGUACAAGCAAGGGAACUUACACAACUUUUCAAAGGAUGGGGACAAAAUAUGUUUUUACAAAGACCAAACUGCUUCCCAUACUUGAGCACACUCAGAGCUUGGGCAGCAGGAGAGAGAAUAUAUUACAAAUGAGCAAACCAAAAGUUACAGUUUACAAGUGUAUGCAAUGUUGUUGGAGUCGUGUUGAUCCCAGGAUAUUAGAGAGAAGGUGGGUGAGGUAAUAUCUUUUAUAGGACCAACUUCUUUUGGUGGAAGAGGUUGUCUCUCCUUCAGCUCUGUGUAAGCUCAAAAGCUUGUUUCUCUCACCAACAGAAGUUGGUCCAGUAAAAGAUAUUACCUCAUCCACCUUGUCCCUCUAGUUUACAAACAUAACAUUUCACCCAUGAAAUGUCCUAGUGGGAUGAGUGUAAUUCAUACUUUGCAAAAGGCAACUUUUGACAUUUUUCAACACUGGGCAUAUGUAUUAUACAAAAACAAUGCAAGACUGGGUAUGCAUGCAUCCCACAUACUCAGAUACUAGCGAUGACAGGCUACUGCCCUUAGAUGAGUGGAUAUGUAACAUACCAACUGUAAUAUUGAAUGGAAUUACCUGCACCAAUGGAACUAUCAUCAACUAAUCAGAUUCCGGCUUUCAUAAGGUUGAUUUUUAGAAAUAAAUUAAUUGUUCUCAUCUUCCAAGUGACAAUAGCAAUGUUAUUUUACAUCUUACAACUUAACAAGCUAAACACAUACGCACCAUUUAUUCACUAAAUGUAAAAUUCACCCCUGCACACAGGGCAAUACAAUACCCAUGCAUUACUUUAUCCCUCAAAGAGCACUGAAAUGGGACAUAAGUGGGCUUGUACAAGGCCUCCGCUUGGGAGUACAGCUUAUGUUAUUAUACAGAGAUGGAAAAAUGUUGCUUUCCUUACAUAAAAACUUAGGAGUGGGCCCUCAUGUAUGUGGAGCAGGUUUUGAUGCUUAGAUUAUGAACUUCUUGGGACCAAUAUCCUAUUACAAGUCUAUGGAGCAUAACUGAUAUAUUUACUGUUAACCCAUUGAUUAUGUAAACAACUGAUUGCAACACUACCUGCCAGUUUGAUAUGAAAAAUUGCUAUAGUAUUAAAAAAAAUUUCCAUGCAAGAUCACAAAGGGAAAGAAAACGGAAGUUAUUUGAAAACGUGGAGACAAAUGAAUUUUGCCAAAACCCAGAACAAUUUUUACCAAGAUGGAAGAGUCUAUAUUUUAAUAACUAUUUCAUUAGGAAUUUGACAUCUGAUGAGCAAUAUUUUCCACUUAUAAUAAGAAAAGACACAUAUGGCAGGUAUACACUCUUUCUGUUUUUUCUCUGUAUUAGAGCCUUUUUAGAGCUAAUUACUGGACCACAGUGUUCUAGGCACUCAUCAGGAUCUCUACGCAUUUAACAGCCUAUUAACUACUUACCUAAAAAUGCUGUCAUUUUGGUAAGAAUAUGGACAGAUAAAAUAGAAUGAAAUGUGACAAAAGCUGUAAAGUUUUUAAAUGGCUCUUGUUUGGGCUCACCACACACCUCACAAGGGACUGAGUAUCCAAAUAAGUGACUUUGAGAACUUGGUAGAGGCAAACAUUUUGUUCAUCACAUAGUCUACAGAAAUGCUUUUACAGUAAACUUUUUAGAGAAAGCUUUAAAGCAUUGUUAUUGGUAUAACUGUUCACAAAAUAUCCCUUCACUUGUAAAGAUGCAUUGUCUAAAUUACUCUGAGACAUGGUCAUUAGGAGAGUCCAAGUUUAAAGUAGAAAAAGGACAGAAAAAAAUAGUACCAUUAAAACUCAGUUUUUAUUCUUUCACUUUAUGUAUUUAUCUUUAUAAUAUACCUCUCUUUGCCACUCUCUCCUUCCCUACUAGCUGUUCCUCUUUACUUUCUUCCUUUUGUCCCUCUGCUCACUUAUUCUGCACCCCACCUUUUCCUCUCUGGAUAGAAAAUGUGCUCAGAGGCUUUUGUAUGAAUAAUGGGCAAACCCCCACUGCAAAAAGAAUGGGGAAAAAUCCUGAACAAUAAUAUCUGCAUGUGCCAAGUAAAAGCUGCCACAUGACAAAAAUGAAUCAGUAGUUAGAAUUGUUAGGAUUUUUUAAUCUUUACAGUGUAACAUGAGAAAGUCUCCUUAUUCACUGUGGACCAUCACUGUACUGAGCCCCAAACUGGAAAAUAUAUGAAACGAUUUGUGAAGAAAUCUCCUAAAAUCCAUGUAAACAUGUUCUUAUGAUCAAACAGUAUCUGCAGAUAUGCAUACUCUUGCCCCAGCACUCUGAAUUACACAAAUGAGGUGUGAAAGAAUACCAUAAAACAUUAAGACUGACAUUUUUCAUAAUGACGGUACUUGGGAAAAUAACUUAUUUACCCUAAAGGCAUUUUGGCUCGAUUGUUUGUAGUUUUGUUUCCUUCCAAUACUCACUUGUGUUUGAGACUUCAGUAUAUCUAAAUUCUAUGAGUGUGUGAAUUCAAGUUCCUUAGUGGAAUUUUUUUGGAUGGUUGCAUCUUACAACUAGGUUCUGAAAGAGAUCAGUAGGUCUAUUGGUUUAGUUAUUCCUAAGGGUACCAGUCCUCCAGUAGGAACCAAGAGCUACCAGUUGAAUAAUUCCAAUGGAGUCUAUUAGAAUUUCUACUAGAGAAGACUGCAUAAAUUGCUCCUUUUGGAGAGGAAAAAGCGUAUGCAGCAUGUUGAAAUAUUGAGCAAAGUCGGUAGAUACAAACACUUUUCAGAUGUUGAACAUUCUUCUUUUAAAUGUAAAUAUUUUAUGUUGAUGUAUAUAUAACCAGCUAAUCAAGCCAAUAUAAAACUAUUUUUAAAAGGCAAGUCCUGAAUCUUAUAGAAUUUACAUGUCUGACCUUGUCUUUUUUUUAAAAAAAUGCUUCAUCAAGGUGCUUGCAACUGGCUUCUACACUGCAGCAUUUGGAUGGCCUCAUAGUUGUCUGGGUGAGUCUACAUCACAAAUGCCUGAGCUGAGGAUGAUAAAAAUAUCAACUAAACUUGUACAUGUGGCUUUGAGCCCAGGCUACCAUUCCACAACCUCUUCCCAGUUUAACCUGCAUCCACUUUCAACCUGCAGCAUCCUUCUCCAAUUGGCUGACUGAAUAAAGAAUGAACAACCCAAGUUGGACAAAAGCUCCCAUUGUAGGCUUUCCCGUCAACACCUACCAGGCCUUCAAAGCUGAGGCCUUCACAAGCUUUUGCAAGCUGAAGUGUGUGAUGUACUGGUUUUAUGUGUUUGAUAUUGCUCACUAACAACUGGUCCUCAGAGAGGUAAGGGAGGCCUCUGCUAAGCUUACUCUGAUCAGCUUGAAGAAAGCCUUUAACUUAAGCCUAAGGAUCACUGUACUAGUCCUAUCUAUGCAGGAAUGUGUGAGAGAGUUCAUUACUUGCAGGAAGACUAAAAGCUAAAAUUCUGGCUCCUGAAAACAAAAUAAUUCUUAUAUGUGUGUAUAUAUUGUUAAUCAAAAUUAUAAUUAUUAUUUUACAUGCAUAGUUACUGCAUAAAUCUUAUUCCAAUUCUCAUUAAAUGAAAGACUACAGUACUCUACAAUGGUGAUAAUCUAGUAUUUUGGGUAGUUGCUAUAGAGUACUGUUAUAUAUAUUUACAAGAGAUCCCACUGCGUGUUUUUCAUGUAAGGUCUUCAUACAAUGGUGCCUUUUCCAGUAAUAUUUCUAAGGACUUAUGUUUCAUUUAAUACAGCUAGGAAAAAUACACUUUCAUAUGUGGAGGCAACUCAUGACUUUAUCCUGUUCCCCCUCCCCCUCCCUUCUGUGCCCUACUUCAUGAUUAGUAACUGAAUUUUAUUAGUGGUCAGUCACCCCAGCAUUCUUACAAAUAGUGCUUUCUGUCACCCAGGUUUUGCAUUUGGAUUAAUUUCAUGUCAGCACCAUUUCAUACUAAUUCACUAAAGCUAAAAGAUUGAUUUUGGUUUUAUUUUCAAGGAAAGGAUUUUCUGGGUUAAGUCAAAUUUAUUUUUGUCCAUUUAAUUUUUUUUUUAACAUAUUGUAGAGUUUGGAAGCAUUACCUUUUUGUUUUAGAAGCAACAAUCUGUUCAGAGAACAUGAACUUGUCCUUAUAACACAUCAAGUUAAUUUAAGGGUUAUCUGCACAAAAGUUCUCCAGGUUUCCUUCAGCUUUCCUCAUAAAAGCUCCAAAAAUGCUUCACAAACUAGAUACACAGUAAUGAAAUACAGCCAUGUCAGAGAUAGGUAGCAUACUACAGAACUGUGCAAGAAGAGGAAACUAGAGAGUCAAGACAUGAUGCUAAACCCCCACUCUUAAAAAAGUAUCUUGGGAUCUUUAAUAUUUAUGUAGAAUAGACAAGACAUUGUUUUUAAUGGUCGUGUCUGAAAGACUCCUACAUGCUGUGAAGUGCAUAGUACCUAAUUUAUCUAGCUCAGAAGGAUGAAGUGCUGAAUAGACCCUGUUGGGAUGUGAAGCUCUGGUAGGAAAUACAGACAAACCCAACCUUUAGCUCACUAAACCAUUCCCUUCCAAUUUAGGAUAAACAACUGAGUGCAAAACAUUACUUAAUAUAUAAUGUAAAGCAUGAACUAAUAUUCUUGUGUGUCAACUAGUAAACUGCAAACAUAAGAGGAAUGGGUAGAUGGAGAUGGUUAACUUCACUGGCAUCGGCAGUUGUGGUGCCUCCUGUGACAGGUGAGACAAUAUUCUGGAAAAACCUUGCUGAAUUAAGUUUAAGUAUCUUAGGAGUUAAUGGUAUUAAAAAUGCAAAUGUGUAUUUACUAUUGAGGGAUUGUAUGUAAUUCCAAGGGGGAGGGGAACCACAGCUCUCCAGGAACUAAGACCACUGUGAGGUGAUUAGGCAAAUUCACUCAGUUAAAACACCUCCAGAGAGCUACUACCAUCUGGAGAGAAUAUUACAUAUACUGGUUCAAACUGGAUUCUCAAGGGAGCAACAGGAAAAAAGAAAGGCUAUUUAACCAAAAAUCUUGAGUUAAAACUGAUUCAGGGCCUUCUUUCUGAUACAUCACACAGACAGGAUCUCUAGUGCAAAGAGGUCUCCAUCCUUAGGGAAGGGUUGGAAGGCCUUUGGCCCACUCAGACCCCAGAAGACUUGGGGGCUGGUUCUGAGCAGAAGCUGUGAUGAGCUUAUGAUCACAGGAAAAUGCCUUGAUAGGGUCUGAAGAACUAUUCACCAGCCAGAGCCCUUGUUAGAGUCAGGGGGUGAUCUCUGGUAAACUUAUUAGCAUGAAUUUAAGUUUUUAUUGUUUUUAAAUGUGUUUUCUCUGUAAUGCUUUGACUUUAAAAAUAAAAGUGAUUGCUUUGAAAGAA